UUGUGGACUGGCUCCCAGAUUCCUGUUUACCUCUUCGGCGGUAUUCCCCCAUAUAUCUACGCAGACAUUGGAGGAACUGAUCGAUGGGUAUGGUUUCCGGUAUGGCAUUAGCAGGAGCUGGUGCGGGAAUCAACGAAUUGACCGCCCUUGCCGCAACCUCUGAGCUGGCCCCUACAGCGAAGCGUGGAAAAUACGUCGCAGUCCUCAUCUUCACCAUCCUCCCCUUCUGCCCUUCCGUUCUCUGGGGCCAACUCAUUGCCUACCACUCCAGCUGGCGAUACGUCGGUCUCCUCUGCGGAGCAUGGGCCUUCAUUGGUCUCGCCAUGACAACAGUCUUCUACUUCCCACCACCCCGUGUGAACUCUACCGGCCUUACCAACCGUGAGAUCAUCUCUCGCAUCGACUUCGUCGGCGGCUUCCUCUCCAUCGUCGGCAUGAUCCUGUUCAUUGCCGGUCUCCUUUGGGGAGGGUACCAAUAUUCCUGGAAAUCUGCACACACUCUCGUUCCCCUCCUCCUCGGCGCGUUCUUCCUCAUCGCCUUCGCAUUCUGGGAGAUGUAUGGAGCCAAAUACCCAAUGUUCCCCUCUCGUCUGAAGAAGGAGCCAAGAAUUCUAGCUCUUACACUUAUCAUUACCUUCAUCUCAGGCGCUAAUUUCUUCUCCGUUUUGCUCUUUUGGCCGACGCAAGCAUUCAACGUCUACGGCCACGAUCCAGUCGGUGUCGGAAUCCGCGGCAUGCCCAUCGGCUUCUCAAUCCUAGCAGGCGCUUGCAUAGUCCUGUGGCUGCUCUCUGUCUUCCGCGGCGGCAACAGAGCACUCAUGAUCAUCUCCUCCUGCAUGAUGACCGCCGGCUGCGGAGCCCUCGCCGCCGCUCGCAUCGACAACAUCAACGCCGUAUACGGAAUCCUCGUCGUCGCUGGCCUCGGAAUAGGAGGCAUCGUCGUCCCCGCUUCCAUUAUAACAACCAUCAUAUGCCCCGACGACCUAAUUGCCACCGUCGCAGCCCUUACCCUUGCAAUCCGCGUCAUCGGCGGCGCAAUCGGUUACACCACAUACUACAAUGUCUUCUACAACAAGUUCGUCCCCAAACUCGGCCUCGGGAUCGCCGUCGCUUUAGCGAAAAACAACCUCCUCGAUCUACCCACUGUUAUCGAAGCCGCAGAGCUGACGGGCGCAAGUUUGUUGGAUAGGAUAUUGGAUCUGCCGAAGAUUAAUGGCAAUGUGACGGUUUGGAUGGAUAUUGUCAAGGCCGGACAGCUGGCGUAUAGUGAGGCGUAUCCGUGGGUUUAUUAUGCAAGUAUUGCGUUUGGGGCAGUGGCUAUUAUUGCUAGUUGCUUACUGGGGGAUGUAGGGAAAUAUAUGGAUGAUCAUGUUGCGGUCGUUAUUCAUUAAGUUUAGAGGAAGAGUUAGAGCAGAGGUGUGGGA